UUCUCUUAUGUAUUCCCAUAGCACAGUGUACUUUCCCUGUAAUAGCAUGUGUCAUCCUGAAUGACAAGUUUUAUUGUUCUGUGUCUCCUAUUAGAAUGAAAGCUUUAUGAAGCUAAUCUUAGUCAUCAGUGUAUGCACCCUCCAUGCCUAGCACAGCUCUUGGUCAUAUUAAGCAAAGAAUAAGUAAAACCAAGAGCAUAGAGGAGGAGCAUCCAAGUACACCUAGAAUAUUUGAAGAACGUAGAAGUAAAUGAUGUUUUAGCUAAGCUCUAACAAACAUUAUGAAGUCAAGAGUUUGGAAUGAAAAGGAGGUACAGAGAAAUAAAAGAUUUCUGAGAGGUCCUUAAAAUUCAAAAUUUUAUUAAAAGACAUAAGAGAAAUACUAAGUGAAUGAAAUAUAUUAGGCUUAUUGAAAAGACUCAAUUUGAUAUGUUCGUUCUCCAAAAAGCAAUCUGUAAAUGUAAUUACAGAUUAAAAUCUGUUAAAAUCCCAAUAGGGUUUUAUUAAAAAGUCAAUAUUAAGAUUUAUAUGAAAAAUUGAAUGACCAGAAAAAGCCAGUAUAAUUUUUUUUCACUUUUGUAACCAGUUUAAUGUAAGGAAAGUGAUCAAUGUGAUAAUCACUGUACCCCUAUUUGUCUGUCCUUGAUGAUGUUUAAAGUAUUUGUUAGAAUGUUAUGUUAUACUUGGGAAAAAUAUGAUCAAGAUGCUAUUAAAAGCCAGUAUAAUUUUUUAAAAGAAUAAAGAGGGAAGAAUUGCCCUCCUUAUUUUAAAACUAUAACAAUUAUAGCAUACUGUUUUUAAGUGCAGGGAUAGACAGAUUAAUGAAGUAGAAUACAAAGCCUAAAAAAUAUACCACGUGUGUUUAUAUGAAAACUUUGUAAAUGUUAAGGUGUCAUUUUAAAACACUAAUGAAAGAGUAGAAUGUUUAAUUAAUGGUGUUCAUAUACUUGUUCACUGUAUGAAAAAAUAAUUAGACUCACCUCACAUCAUACCCCAAAUUUAUUUCUAGGUGGAUUAUAAAUUCUAAAUUUGAAAAGCAAACUCAGAGAUUCUUUUAGGAAAAAAAUAAAAGUCUAUCUCUAACAUCAAACAAAAUAUAAAUUUAUAAGUCAUAAAAGAAAUACUGAUAAACUUGACUACAUUAACCCAUCAAUAUUGAAAACAAAGUUGGGGCAGAGCAAAUAGCAAAAGGACAUGUUAUUUAUGUAAAUUUUAAAAAGAACGAAAGUAUAUACUGGGUACAUGCAAAUGCAGUAAAAUAAUAAAAACCUAGAUGAGACAAAUACAUACCAAUUUCAAGAUACUGGUUCCCUUCAGUUAGAAAGUACGAAGAGAAAUGGGAUAGGUUGGUUGUGGUAGGGAGAAGAAAGAGACCUGAAAGGCUGCAUAUUUCAAGAAAAAUGCCAGAGUAUAUUUAUUUGUGUAAAUAAAGUGUAUAGCUAACUUGUGCCAUUGUGAAGCAAAGAAAUCAGAUCAACAGUAUUUUUUAAAAGAUCUAUAUAUCUUAAUGAAAUGAAAAUAAAGCCAAAAAUUGUGAAUUGGUUUUUUUAAUUGUACUAAUAUGUAAUACUGCUAUGAAAAAUGAGUGAAAAUACUGCACUGACCACCUUACUUGCUUAUAUUUCCUUUUUUGUUUCUGUGUGAUACUGAGAUUGCAACCCUUGCACUUGGUAUAUUGCACUGAAUUUAAAACAGCCUUUAUUGGACUUGAAAUCUACUGGAGAAGACUGGUAUUCAACAGUAUAAUGAGUACUGUGAAGAAGUACUGAGUGCAGUGGGAGCGUAUAACACAGAGGAACAUUUCUCUGAGUUUCUGCCACUGCCUUCUACAAAGCACAACCUGUAAUUCAGUUCAUGUGUGAAGUUCUUGACAUUCAUAAUAUUGAUGAGCAGCCAAGACCUCUGACUGAUUCUCAUCGGGUAAAAUUCACCAAAGAGAUAAAAGGUCUGAAGGUUGAAGUGACUCAUUGUGGAACAAUGAGACGGAAAUACCGUGUUUGUAAUGUAACAAGAAGGCCUGCCAGUCAUCAAACCUUUCCUUUACAGUUAGAAAAUGGCCAAACUGUGGAGAGAACAGUAGCACAGUAUUUCAGAGAAAAGUAUACUCUUCAGCUGAAGUACCCACACCUUCCCUGUCUGCAAGUGGGGCAGGAGCAAAAACAUACCUAUCUGCCACUAGAAGUCUGUAAUAUUGUGGCAGGGCAACGAUGUAUCAAGAAGCUAACGGACAAUCAGACUUCCACUAUGAUCAAAGCAACAGCAAGAUCUGCACCAGAUAGACAAGACGAAAUUAGCAGAUUGGUAAGAAGUGCAAAUUAUGAAACAGAUCCAUUUGUUCAGGAGUUCCAAUUUAAAGUUCGGGAUGAAAUGGCCCAUGUAACCGGACGUGUACUUCCAGCACCUAUGCUCCAGUAUGGAGGACGGAAUCGGACAGUAGCCACACCAAGCCAUGGAGUAUGGGACAUGCGAGGGAAACAGUUCCACACAGGAGUUGAAAUCAAAAUGUGGGCUAUAGCUUGUUUUGCCACACAGAGGCAGUGUAGAGAAGAAAUACUCAAGGGUUUCACGGACCAGCUGCGUAAGAUUUCUAAAGAUGCAGGAAUGCCCAUCCAGGGCCAGCCUUGCUUCUGCAAAUAUGCACAGGGGGCAGACAGCGUGGAGCCCAUGUUCCGGCAUCUGAAGAACACCUAUUCUGGUCUUCAGCUCAUCAUCGUCAUCCUGCCAGGGAAGACGCCAGUGUAUGCGGAGGUGAAACGUGUAGGAGAUACACUUUUGGGUAUGGCUACACAGUGUGUUCAAGUCAAGAAUGUGAUAAAAACAUCCCCUCAAACUCUCUCAAACCUGUGCCUAAAGAUAAAUGUUAAACUUGGAGGGAUCAAUAAUAUUCUUGUACCUCAUCAAAGACCUUCUGUGUUCCAGCAACCAGUGAUCUUUUUGGGAGCAGAUGUCACUCAUCCACCAGCUGGUGAUGGGAAGAAGCCUUCUAUUGCUGCUGUUGUAGGUAGUAUGGAUGCCCACCCAAGCAGAUACUGUGCUACAGUAAGAGUUCAGAGACCCCGACAGGAGAUCAUCCAGGACUUGGCAUCCAUGGUCCGAGAACUUCUCAUUCAAUUUUAUAAGUCAACUCGGUUCAAACCUACGCGUAUCAUCUUUUAUCGGGAUGGUGUUUCAGAGGGACAGUUUAGGCAGGUAUUAUAUUAUGAACUGCUAGCAAUUCGAGAAGCCUGCAUCAGUUUGGAGAAAGACUAUCAACCUGGAAUAACCUACAUUGUAGUUCAGAAGAGACAUCACACUCGAUUAUUUUGUGCUGAUAGGACAGAAAGGGUUGGAAGAAGUGGCAAUAUCCCAGCUGGAACGACCGUGGAUACAGACAUUACGCACCCAUAUGAGUUUGAUUUUUACCUCUGUAGCCAUGCUGGAAUACAGGGUACCAGCCGUCCUUCACACUAUCAUGUUUUAUGGGAUGAUAACUGCUUUACUGCAGAUGAACUUCAGCUGCUAACUUACCAGCUCUGCCACACUUAUGUGCGCUGUACACGUUCUGUUUCUAUACCCGCACCAGCGUAUUAUGCUCACCUGGUGGCAUUCAGAGCCAGAUAUCAUCUCGUAGACAAAGAACACGACAGUGCUGAAGGAAGUCACGUUUCAGGACAGAGCAAUGGGCGAGAUCCACAAGCUCUUGCCAAGGCUGUACAGAUUCACCAAGAUACCUUACGCACAAUGUACUUUGCUUAAAAAAGUCCGAGAAUGUUCUCUGAGAGGAAGAACCAGAAGACGAAUUGACAUACGAUGUAUGUUUCCAGUGGAGUCAGUUGAGCGGGGAUGCCUCCAGCCAUACAGAAACCAACACUGUGGGACCAGGGUCUGAUUUUUAUGUUGAUGCAAGGAAGAUUGUUUACUUCAUCCAGGAACACAGCACCAUAUGCAAUAUGAAACCAGCCAACUGCUUUUUCGUGCGGUCUCCUGUAGGAAGUAUCGCCAUUGUUUUGUUUUCACUUUCUUGUAGUCUAACCCUUUUAAUGCCUUUACCUCAAGUUGCUUGGCAGCACAACUAUCUUUGCAAAAAAAAAAAAGAAAGAAAAGGUAAAUGAUGGUUUUAAAAAACACACCUACAUGAAUAAUCAGUGAUUGUUCACAAUUAUGUGUGCAACAUUAGUGUGUAUUCGUGUAUUCUUGUAAAGUAUCUGUGUACACUUUAAAUGUAUACAUGUAUACUUCAUAUGCAUAUAUAUCUGGAUCUACAGUGAUAAUAGAUAUAUAUGUUCUCUGUAUAUAUUUUAUAGUUCAUUCCAUUGGGAAAUGUCUUUCCCUUUUAUUAUCCUCUUGCCACCACUUUAUUCCUCGCUCUACCUCCCUCACCUACAUUUUUUUUCCUUAAUGCUACCAGUGACUUUCAGAUGUUCACGUAUCUGGUUCAUUUGAGUAUGAAGCGCGGCAAACUAGACUUUAUUUUUAUUUGCACACCCACUCCUGCCUCUUGUCUCAUACACAAUUCUGAGUCCUCAACUCUUGAUAUUGCUUUCUUAAGAAGCAAAAUUAUUUUAUGUAUGUAUAUAUACGUUUUUAUGAGAGUCUGUGCUGCCCCCUCCUACUCCGAACUUAACAUUUGCCAUUUGUGCAAUGUGUACAUAAGCAGUGGCAACCUAAACUAUUCUCUUUUUUUUAGUGAGUUUGUUAAAGCUGCUAUAAAUAUAAAACCUUGUCUGAAGUUAUAACUCUUUCUCUCUAUAAGUGAUAUAUAUUCUAAAGCCUUCUGUUUCUAUGGGUUAUACAUGGAAAUCCCCUAAAGCUUUUAUAAAGAGUAAAUAUUUUAAGUGAUUGCAGCUCUGUAGGGUUGAGGCCUCUGAAAUUGGAUGAAGAGAAAGAAGAAGUUGUUGAGGGUUUUUAAAAAUAUUUUUUUUGCUAGUUUACUUGCUGCCUCUCAUACAUUAAUGUGAUUUUCAUAUAUAUAUUUUUAUAUAUAUGUGUGUAUAUAUAAACAUAUAUGUAUGUAUUUUGAAGUAGAGCUUCCUUUUCUUUUAUAUUUAUUAGAAUAGUGCUUUAAUAAUUAUAGAACUGUAUUGGCAACAUCUUUUAUAGAAAUAUAAUCAUGUUUAUUUUAAGAACUGACAACUUGUUUAUGCUAUCUUUUAGUGCAAUAAGCAGUUUUAAAGGAAAGCUGUGUCUGUUUGACAUCGGUACCACAGAUAGUGGAAGAAACAGGCACCUCCAUAAUGUUAAAAGAGCAACUAAUACAGCCUUAAUUUCAGAAGGAAAGUUUUGCAAUUUUCAAGUCUAAAGCAUGUCUUUAAAAGUCACAAUGAAAAUGAAGGAAAUUGAUAUCCUAAAUGAGUUUAACCUUGAAUAUUAAAAAUAAAGAACUUUGAUUUACAAAAUGAUCAUGACUAGAUUAAGAUUUUAGAAGAUAUUUAAAUUCUUUGAAAAUAAAUCAUAUUUACUAAAGAAUGGUUAGGUACCCAUUUUCAUUUAUUAAAAUGAAUCAGGAAAAUGUGAUCUUCUAAAAAAAAUUUUGCUGAUUUAUCACCAGUGUAACUUUCCUUUUAAAAUUAGGGUUAUGAUGACGAAGUUAGGGCUUGGAUUAUUUUUAAAUGAGUUAAAUCACUGAAAUGUGGGGAAAGUUUUGCAAAACUUUUGUUUUAUUGAUUUCACUUUAAGAUAUUAAAUAGUACUAUAAAGCUGUCAAAACCAAGUUCACCAGUAACAUUGGAUUCAGGGGAGCUUUGCACUUUUGUAACUCAUGAAAAUUGCAUUUUAAUUUAAUUUUUUUUUUUGCACUGGUUCAGAGUAUAAAUAUUACAGAUUGUUUCCAGUGGGCAUUGUUGUUAACCUUUCAAAAUUCCAUCUGUUCAUGAAAACAAAUGGAUUAGCUCUAUAGUUUCUCUCUUACCUGUAAUCCAUUCUUAUUGCCAAUUUACUGUAUUUUGAGCCUAAAAUCUGAGCCCGUGUCCUCCAACAGUUACGAAAUCUUUUGUCCCUCCGCCAGAAAACUAAGAAAGUACUGUAUUUUGUAUGUUUAUUAUAUUGAAGUGUUUGAAAUGCUAUUUACAACACUGUUUCAAAGCUCUUUACACGAGGUAAUAUUUGUAUAAUAUAUACAUUUUUUCUCCCAACCUUCCCUCCUCUCCUCCAAAAAAUUCCUGUAAAGCAUGUAUUUUUUUUUUAUGUUGAAACUUUACUAAAUAUAGUAGUCAGGAACAUGGGCAAGAGAAGAAAAUAGUGUAUUGUAUGUGGUAAAAACUUGAUUGCUCUGUGCUUGCUUAGUAUGAGUAAAACAUCUUCCUUUUUCAGUGGGAGUUAUACAGAAACUUUAGGGCCCAGGGAAGAACUAUAGACACCCUUCCCUAGUUCCUGUUUUACCUAAUUUUGAGUUACUUAGUUUCACAUUCACUAGAGGGAAGCCCAUAAUUUAAAUCUAUUUAGAAAGACUUUUACAAAGGAAAGAAAAAAUGUUUUAAAUAUAAAGCUUUACCUUUGAAGUGAGUUCUUUUUUAGAGUUUCUUACAGUUUCAAUAUUACUAGUUUAAGGUUGGUUAACUUGAAAGAGUAUGUAUAGUAUAUUUCUAUUUUGCUUACUAACAAAUUAGUAUGUCAAUCUUAACUACAAGAAAUCUUGUACUUAGAGUUUUAAGAUAAAAGACUAAGAGGCAAAUACAUUUUGAAUUUUGUUUUAAUUGUUAUUGCACUUCUGGUAUAGAAUUCCUGGUGUUUUUCAUUUUUUAAA